UUCAGCCGGGCGUGUGAACGUUGCUCACCAAGGUCAAGGCAUAAUGGGACAGCUCCUUCGCCACAUCAAGGCAAGCUACUCCAGCAGGACGGGCAUCCUUAAUGAUAUUUUCGCAACUGAUGGAGGACACCCAAUUCUGUCUCAAGUCAGCAAACAGUGUAUUUCUGAGGUAUUGACAAGGCGUGUCCACUGUUUCACCUUUCCUGUGAACGACCUGCCGGUUGAAGCCCUUCCCCUGCAAAACACUCAGGUUUCUACGUCAACUCACCAACAUUUAGUAAAGUUGAUGUCUCCCAACAAACCCAAUAGACACCUGUUUCCUGGCGGAAGACUUGUUGUGGACUGGAUCCCUCUCAGAACUGAUCCCCAUAACGUUCCUUUCAUGAACAGUAACGCAUGUUAUCACACUGGCAAGUAUCCCGAACAAGAGUGCCUGUCCUUUGGGACCGGCUACCAGUGUAAACUCGGCCUGGCGUAUAACCUUGACAUCUAUGGAAGUCACCCCAAAAGUCUCAGAGCCCAUGUACACAGGCACCUGCUGGAGAUAGCCCACAGUGUACAGCGUAACCAAGGACAUUGAAGUGAUGUUAACAAAGCACAAAGCGCAAACCUUGAUCAAAUACACCUCCUCAUAUUUACUUGUAUGUCUGUUGACACUGCAAUUCAUGAGACCCUCCACAAAUUGGGAUUCAGCGAGUCAGAAUGGCCAGUCAAGACACAAGUUGUGAUGGAAAAGUGCUUCACUCAGGAAUAGCCGUGGUGCUUCUGGGUCACAACUAAGACUGUAGUAUAUUUAACGCCGCACUCUACAUUGUCCAGCGUUAUAACAACAGCCUGUAAAAUAAUCAAGUCUAGACCAGAUAAACCAAUGGUUGAUACAUCGAUCGACAUCCAUUCGCUGCCAACUAGUGCCAUUUCUGGACAAACUGAACGGAGACUUGCGUCCCUCUCGUAGAAUCUCGUAGAAUCUCAUAUUGGCUAUAACCUCGGGAACUACUUCAAACAAGAACGAUAACUCUUAUUGCAUACGCUUUUUAUGGUAAAACGUAGGCGCUGUCGUAUUCCUGUUUUUAAAGUUAACUUUUCUGAUAUAGAUAUAUUCUUUUGCCAAAUGUAUAUUUGGCAAGCAUCUCAACUCAAUUAUUCUCAGCUGUUCAUCUGGUAUUUGCAGGUUACUGGGGUUUUUUAAUUUUAUAUGACAUGAAAAUAACUCACGAGACAAAAGCGGUUUUCGGUUUAAAAUAAGGUUAACAAUGAAUUUCACUGGCAUAUUUAGUUUAGAGUCGCAAUUUUGAGUUUGUCAUUUCCUUGCCAGAAAUGAAAAUUUAAAACGGAUGUACUUUAUGACUGAAUUUGUCCUUUCAUGGACAGCAUGAACAAAUAGUAUACACAGUUCAUAUGUGUACCUUGCAGUCCUAUCCACCAUGU